CGCGUCGUCUGCUAACUGCUGCUAGUGGACGGCUACACUUGGUGAAAGCAGCAUCAUGACCACUCCCCAGACCGAUCUCGAAAAAAGGAAGCAGAUCUCCGUCAGGGGGAUCGCCCAAGUUGAAAAUGUUGCCAAUGUCAAGAAGACCUUUAAUCGCCAUCUGCAUUACACGCUGGUAAAAGACAGAAAUGUAGCCACUCCCCGUGAUUACUACUUUACCCUGGCCCAUACAGUCAGAGAUCACCUCACCUCAAGAUGGAUCAGAACUCAGCAGCACUACUAUGAGAAGGAUCCUAAGCGUGUGUAUUACCUUUCCCUGGAGUACUACAUGGGCAGGUCACUCACAAAUACCAUGGUCAACUUGGGUAUUCAGUCUGCCUGUGAUGAAGCUCUGUAUCAGCUUGGUCUGGAUAUUGAAGAGCUAGAAUGCCUUGAAGAAGAUGCAGGACUGGGUAAUGGAGGUCUUGGACGUUUAGCUGCCUGCUUCCUGGAUUCUAUGGCCACUCUUGGUAUGGCUGCUUAUGGCUAUGGUAUUAGAUAUGAAUAUGGUAUCUUUGCUCAGAAGAUCAAGAAUGGAGAGCAGGUUGAGGAGCCAGAUGACUGGUUGCGUUUUGGCAACCCAUGGGAGAAAGCCCGACCGGAGUAUAUGAUUCCAGUUAAUUUCUAUGGAAGAGUUGAGGAUACACCACAGGGAAAGAAAUGGGUUGACACACAGAUUGUGUUUGCCAUGCCAUAUGACAACCCUAUUCCUGGCUACAAGAACAAUGUAGUAAACACCAUGAGGCUGUGGUCAGCAAAGUCACCUAACAACUUCAACCUAAAGUUCUUCAAUGAUGGUGAAUACAUACAGGCUGUGCUGGAUCGCAACUUUGCGGAGAACAUCUCCCGUGUGUUAUACCCCAAUGAUAACUUCUUUGAGGGCAAGGAGUUGCGUCUAAAGCAGGAAUAUUUCAUGGUAGCUGCCACCUUGCAGGAUAUAAUCAGGCGCUUCAAAGCUUCAAAGUUUGGUUCUAAAGAUGCAGUUCGGACUUCCUUUGAUACAUUCCCAGACAAGGUAGCUAUCCAGCUUAAUGAUACUCAUCCCUCAUUGGCCAUACCCGAGCUGAUGCGCAUCCUUGUUGAUAUUGAAGGACUUACAUGGGCACGUGCCUGGGACAUUUGUACAAAGACAUGUGCAUACACUAACCAUACAGUUUUGCCCGAGGCUCUUGAACGGUGGCCAGUAAGUAUGUUGGAGCAUAUCCUUCCCAGACACUUGCAGAUCAUCUAUGAGGUCAACCAUCAUCACCUGCAAAACGUUGCUAGGAGAUGGCCUGGUGAUAAUGAUCGUCUACGAAGAAUGUCUCUGGUAGAAGAAUAUGGUGAGAAGCGGAUAAAUAUGGCUCACUUGUGUAUUGUCGGUUCCCAUGCUGUUAAUGGUGUUGCAGCAAUUCACUCUGAGAUUAUCAAACGUGACAUUUUCAAGGAUUUUGCUGAAUUGACACCUGAGAAGUUCCAGAAUAAGACCAAUGGUAUUACCCCUCGCCGUUGGCUGCUCCUGUGCAACCCUGCCCUUGCUGAUGUUAUUGCAGAGAAGAUUGGUGAAGAUUGGGUUGUUCAUUUGGAUCAGCUCGCAAAACUCAAACCUUUGGUUAAAGAUAGUGGUCUCAUCCGUGCUAUUCAAACAGCUAAGCAAGAGAACAAGCUGCGGCUUGCAAAAGAGCUGGAACAAGAUUAUGGUAUCAAAGUAAAUCCAUCUUCCAUGUUUGAUAUUCAAGUAAAGCGGAUUCAUGAAUAUAAGCGUCAGCUUCUAAACUGCCUCCAUAUUAUUACAAUGUACAACCGUAUCAAGGCUAAUCCAAGUGCCAAUUUUGUUCCUCGCACUGUUAUGAUUGGUGGGAAGGCUGCACCUGGCUAUCACGCAGCCAAACAAAUCAUUCGUCUAAUAUGCGCUGUUGCUCGUGUUGUCAAUAAUGAUCCUAUUGUUGGUGACAAACUCAAAGUUAUCUAUUUGGAGAACUACCGUGUUACAUUAGCAGAGAAGAUCAUCCCAGCUGCAGACCUAUCUGAGCAGCUUUCCACUGCUGGUACUGAGGCUUCUGGUACUGGUAAUAUGAAGUUCAUGCUUAAUGGUGCUCUCACAAUUGGAACACUAGAUGGUGCUAAUAUUGAAAUGAUGGAAGAAAUGGGUAAGGAAAACAUCUUCAUUUUUGGCAUGACUGUAGAUGAGGUUGAAGAACUUAAAAAGAAGGGCUACAAUGCAUACGACUACUACAACAAUAUACCAGAGCUUCGGCAGUGUAUUGAUCAGAUUCAGAGUGGAUUCUUUUCUCCCAAUAAUCCUGACCAGUUUAAGGAUUUGGUAAAUAUUCUUAUGCACCAUGAUCGUUUCUACCUCUUUGCUGAUUAUGAAUCCUACAUAAAGUGUCAAGAUUCUGUAGGCAAGCUAUACCAAAAGCCAACAGAAUGGACCAAGAAGGCCCUUCUUAACAUUGCAUCAUCAGGAAAGUUCUCAAGUGAUCGCACAAUUGCAGAAUAUGGUAGGGAAAUCUGGGGAGUAGAACCAUCUUGGGAAAAGCUCCCUGCUCCUCACGAGCCUCGUGAAACAGAAGCUUCUGAGGAGAAGUAAAAAAAAAAAAAAAAAUACUGUAACUAAAGAUUAAAUCUUGUCCUGUAUUAAAGGUUGUUAUAGAACUUGAAUUUAAGAAUAUUUUGAGGCUUUUCAAAAUUAAAGCUACAUAAAACUUAAUCUCAAAACAGAAUUAAAAAAUUUAUACUUCUGUAACUUGUCCAUUUAUAAUUGAUGUACAUGAAUGAUGCUCGUAGAUUUGCUUGAUGUUUAAAUGGCAAACAAGUGCUUGUAACUGGAGUAGUUACAAGAUAGAAAAACAAUACUCUUGAGUAAUACCUGAUAUCACCUAGUCACUGAUGCUCAGUUUCAUAGGCUAGUUGCUUGAUCAAAAUGCUGUCUGUGCCAAUUUUUCAUUUCAUUGCACAUUGAAAUUCAUCAACACAAAGAAAUUUUAUCUAAAGUUCUAAAAAUGUCAGACUUGUAUAUUUAUGAACAAAUUAAUAAGUAAUAGAUAACAUAUUGGGAGCAAGGAGCUAGUAACCCCUUCUCCUGUAUACAUUACUAAAGUUGGAAAAAGAAACUUUUGUUUUUCUUUUUGGGCCACCCUGCUUCAGUGGGAUAAGGUCUGUUUGUUGAAAGAAGAUAAUAUAUUAAUAAAUGUGAAAGUUUAGUAUGUAUACUAAAAUUAUUGUAUCAUAUUUUAUAAUUAAAAGUUUAUCCACUGGCUUAUAUGUUAGGAGAUUUUAUAUUUUAAUUUUUUCUGCCUUGCAGAAUAAAGAUAGGUCUUUUAA